AUGUCCUGUGUAUUUUGGCUGAUGCUGAAGGAGACAUCUACUCCGGUGUGUGUUCCAGGUUUGAGCUGCUACACGUGCUGAACUUUGACUCUGUCAGGAGGAGAAUGAGCGUCAUUGUCAAGUCUAGUGCAGGUAACGCACACACACACGCAAAACACACGCAAAAACACACACACACACACACACAAAAAAAACACACACAAAUAGAGAUACACACAUUGACAUGAUCUAUCUCUCUGUCACUCACACUCUCUUAACUAACUCUAUUGUCCCCAGGGGAGUACCUGUUGUUCUGUAAGGGGGCUGACUCCUCCAUCUUCCCCAGGGUGGUGUCAGGGAAGGUGGGGCAGGUGAGGGCGCGGGUGGAGCAGAACGCUCUGGUAAGUCUACACAUACACACAAACACACAGCAUAUGUUUUACUAUCCUUGUGGGGACCUUAAAUUGAUUUGCAUUCAAAAUUAUUUUUUCCCUAUUUUCCUAACCCUUACCCUAACCUUAACCCUAACUCCUAAACCUAUCCCCAAACCCUAAUUCUAACCCUAACUGUAACCCUAAACCUUUAGGCUUAACCACUAAGCCAAAAAUAGCCUUUGUCCUCGUGGGGACCUGGGAAAUGUAUACUUGUGAGGACUUUUGGGUAUUUCCGGUACCCACAAGGACAGUAAAAAAAAAAAAAAUACAACAAUAUCUUUAUUGUCACAUACACCGGUAGGUGCAGUGAAAUGUGUUAUUUUAUAGGGUCAGCCAUACUAGUACAACACCCCUGGAGAAAAUUAGGGUUAAGUGCCUUGCUCAAGGGCACAUCAACAGAUUUUUCACCUUGUCGGCUCGGGUAUUCGAACCAGCGACCUUUCGGUUACUGCUCCAUCACACACAUACACACACACACACACACACACACACACACACACACACACACACACACACACACACACAUAUAUACACAUACACAUACAUACAGUAUUACUUUCUUUAUACCUACACCAAACCCCUAAACUCACUUCUUAUACAGUGAGGGAAAAAAGUAUUUGAUCCCCUCCUGUACAUUUGCCCACUGACAAAGAAAUGAUCAGUCUAUAAUUUUAAUGGUAGGUUUAUUUGAACAGUGAGAGACAGAAUAACAACAAAAAAUUUAAUGAGGGAAAUAAGUAUUUGACCCCUCUGCAAAACAUGACUUAGUACUUGGUGGCAAAACCCUUGUUGGCAAUCACAGAGGUCAGACGUUUCUUGUAGUUGGCCACCAGGUUUGCACACAUCUCAGGAGGGAUUUUGUCCCACUCCUCUUUGCAGAUCUUCUCCAAGUCAUUAAGGUUUCGAGGCUGACGUUUGGCAACUCAAACCUUCAGCUCCCUCCACAUAUUUUCUAUGGGAUUAAGGUCUAGGCCACUCCAGGACAAUAAUGUGCUUCUUCUUGAGCCACUCCUUUGUUGCUUGGCCGUGUGUUUUGGGUCAUUGUCAUGCUGGAAUACCCAUCCAUGACCCAUUUUCAAUGCCCUGGCUGAGGGAAGGAGGUUCUCACCCAAGAUUUGAUGGCCCCGUCCAUCGUCUCUUUGAUGCGGUGAAGUUGUCCUGUCCCCUUAGCAGAAAAACACCCCCAAAGCAUAAUGUUUCCACCUCCAUGUUUGACGGUGGGGAUGGUGUUCUUGGGGUCAUAGGCAGCAUUCCUCCUCCUCCAAACAUGGCGAGUUGAGUUGAUGCCAAAGAGCUCGAUUUUGGUCUCAUCUGACCACAACACUUUCACCCAGUUCUCUUCUGAAUCAUUCAGAUGUUCAUUGGAAAACUUCAGACGGGCCUGUAUAUGUGCUUUCUUGAGCAGGGGGACCUUGCGGGCGCUGCAGAAUUUCAGUCCUUCACGGCGUAGUGUGCUACCAAUUGUUUUCUUGGUGACUAUGUUCCCAGCUGCCUUGAGAUCAUUGACAAGAUCCUCCCAUGUAGUUCUGGGCUGAUUACUCACCAUUCUCAUGAUCAUUGCAACUCCACGAGGUGAGAUCUUGCAUGGAGCCCCAGGCCGAGGGAGAUUGACAGUUAUUUUGUGUUUCUUCCAUUUGCGAAUAAUCGCACCAACUGUUGUCACCUUCUCACCAAGUUGCUUGGCGAUGGUCUUGUAGCCCAUUCCAGCCUUGUGUAGGUCUACAAUCUUGUCCCUGACAUCCUUGGAGAGCUCUUUGGUCUUGGCCAUGGUGGAGAGUUUGGAAUCUGACUGAUUGAUUGCUUCUGUGGACAGGUGUCUUUUAUACAGGUAACAAGCUGAGAUUAGGAGCACUAAUCUCAGCUCGUUACCUGUAUAAAAGACAACUGGGAGCCAGAAAUCUUUCUGAUUGAGAGGGGAUCAAAUACUUAUUUCCCUCAUUAAAAUGCAAAUCAAUUUAUAACAUUUUUUACAUGUGUUUUUCUGGAUUUUUUUGUUUGUUAUUCUGUCUCUCACUGUUCAAAUAAACAUACCAUUAAAAUUAUAAACUGAUCAUUUCUUUGUCAGUGGGCAAACGUACAAAAUCAGCAGGGGAUCAAAUACUUUUUUCCCUCACUGUAUGCCUGUACCAUAACUAAAACCCCAAAUAUAUACAGUGCAUUCGGAAAGUAUUCAGACCCCUUGACUUUUUCCACAUUUUGUUACGUUACAGCCUUAUUCUAAAAUGGAUUAAAUACAAACAUUUCUUCAUCAAUCUACACACAAUACCCCAUAAUGACAAAGCGAACACAGGUUUUUAGAAAUGUUUGCAAAUGUAUUUAAAAAUGUAAAAUAUUUAGUAUUCAGACCUUUUGCUAUGAGACUCGAAAUUGAGCUCAGGUGCAUCCUGUUUCCAUUGAUCAUCCUUCUACGACUUGAUUGGAGUCCACCUGUGGUGAAUUCAAUUGAUUGGACAUGAUUUGGAAAGGCACAUACCUGUCUAUAUAAGGUCCCACUGUUGACAGUGCAUGUCAGAGCAAAAACCAAACCAUGAGGUCGAAGGAAUUGUCAGUAGAGCUCCGAGACAGAAAUGUGUCGGGGCACGGAUCUGGGGAAGGGUACCAAAACAUUUCUGCAGCAUUGAAGGUCCCCAAGAACACAGUGGCCAUCAUUCUUAAAUGGAAGAAGUUUGGAACCACCAAAACUCUUCCUAGAGCUGGCCGCCCGGCCAAACUGAGCAAUCGGGAUAGAAGGACCUUGGUCAGGGAGGUGACCAAGAACCCGAUGGUCACUCUGACAGACCUCCAGAGUUCCUCUGUGGAGAUGGGAGAACCUUCCAGAAGGACAACCAUCUCAGUAGCACGCCACCAAUCAGGCCUUUAUGGUAGAGUGGCCAGACGGAAGCCACUCCUCAGUAAAAGGCACAUGACAGCCCGCUCUGAGUUUGCCAAAAGGCACGUAAAGGACUCUCAGACAAUGAGAAACAAGAUUCUCUGGUCUGAUGAAACCAAGAUUGAACUCUUUGGCCUGAAUGCCAAGCGUCACGUCUGGAGGAAACCUGGCACCAUCACUACGGUGAAGCAUGGUGGUGGCAGCAUCAUGCUGUGGGCAUGUUUUUCAGCGGCAGGGACUGGGAGACUAGUCAGGAUCGAGGGAAAGAUAAAUGGUGCAAAGUACAGAGAGAUCCUUGAUGAAAACCUGCUCCAGAGCGCUCAGGACCUUAGACUGGGGCGAUGGUUCACCUUCCAACAGGACAACGACCCUAAGCACACAGCCAAGACAAUGCAGGAAUGGCUUCGGGACAAGUCUCUGAAUAUCCUUGAGUGGCCCAGUCAGAGCCCGGACUUGAACCCGAUCUAACAUCUCUGGAGAGAACUGAAAAUAGCUGUGCAGCGACGCUCCCCAUCCAGCCUGACAGAGCUUGAGAGGAUCGGCAGAGAAGAAUGGGAGAAACUCCCCAAAUACAGGUGUGCCAAGCUUGUAGCAUCAUACCCAAGAAGACUCAAGGCUGUAAUCGCUGCCAAAUGUGCUUCAACAAAGUACCGAGUAAAGGGUCUGAAUACUUAUGUAAAUGUGUAUUUCAGUUUUUUUUUUUUUAUAUAUAUACAUUUGCAAAAACCUGUUUUUGCUUUGUCAUUAUGGGGUAUUAUAUGUAGAUUGAUGAGAAAAAAACGACUAUUUAAUCCAUUUUAGGAUAAGGCUGUAACGUAACAAAAUGUGUAAAAAGUCUGCAGUCACACAACGCUGACUCUUAUACCUACUAUAGUUGUAGCACUGUGGCUACUAUGGCCCUAAAAGAGAACCAUAAUCUCUUUCAGUCAACUGAUUCUCACCUUUACCUCUGUCAGGAGGGCUUGCGGACCCUGUGUGUGGCCUACAGGAGUCUCUCCCUAGUGGAUUACGAGGAGGCGUGUCAUCAGCUGAGCGACGCCAAGCUGGCCCUGCAGGACAGGGAGCAGCGACUGGCGCAGGCUUAUGACCUCAUCGAGAGAGACUUCACCCUGCUGGGGGCCACAGCUGGGAGGAGAGAGGAGAGAGGGAGAGCGAGAGCGAGAGAGAGAGGAGAGAGAGGGAAGAGAGAGAGAGAGAGAGAGGGAGACGAGAAGAGAGAGAGAGAGAGAGAGAGAGAGAGAGAGAGAGAGGGAGGAGAGAGAGAGAGAGAGAGAGUGAGAGAGAGAGGGGAGAGAGAGAGAAGAGGAGAGAGAGAGGAGAGAGAGGAGAGGAGAGAGAGAGAGAGCCAACGGGAAGAGGGAGAGAAUGAGAGAGAGAGAGAUGAGAGGAGAGGAGAGAGAGAGAGAGAGAGGGGAGAAUGAUGGGAGACGUAAGAGAGAGAGAAAGAAAUCGAGGCCUAGAGAGGGAAGAAACCCAGAGAAGAGAGAGGAGAGAGUGAGAGAGAGGAGGACGAAAACGAGGCUGGAUACCCCAAGAGGAACGAAGAGCAAGAGAGAGAGGGGAGAGGGAGACCGAGCGAGGGAGAAAGGAAGCGAGGAGGAGGGGGAGGAUGAGAGAAAGAGGAGACAGACGACGGAGGGAGAGAGAGGAGAAGAGGAGAGAGGAGGAGAGGGAGAGAGGAGAGGAGAGGAGAGAGAGAGAGAGGAGAGGGGGGAGGAGAGAGGAGGAGAGAGAGGGAGAAGACAAUGGAGAGGGGCCUCCCGUUGCGUCUCUUUGCCAAUGACUUCUUGUCUGCGCCGUUCGGGGAAUGACCUAUCUUAGCCAGUCAUUGGUCCAUCUUUUGCCCCUCGGGAUUACUGAGUUUCUUUUUGUUUGAGGGCGCGCGCUGAGAGAGCGCGAGGAGGAGAGAGGAGAGAGCGGGCGCGCGGAGCGCGGGCGGCGCGAGAGCGAGAGAGAGAGAGAGGUGUAAUAUUAUCUCGCUGCGCGGUGGCAUGUAUAUGAGCUUAGCGCUGAUGGGUAAUGUUAUCAUCUCGAGAGCGGGGCUGUAUUUCUUAUAUAUGUAGUGUAUGAGAGGGGACGUAUUUUUUGUAUUUUGGAUGUGAUUUUUAGUAUGUGAUGCGUGUGUAUCUUUGGGUUGGUUUUGACUUCUAUAGAGAGAGGGUGUAUUUGAUUUGUUUUUUUUUUUUAUAUUUUUUUAGUAGCUAUCUUUCGAUUCGCGAGGGUGUUGUUGUUAAGCUUGUUUUGUUAUAUUAUUUGUUAGUGUGUUUUAUAGCGAGCGGUGGGAUGUCAUCUAUAUAUCUAUAGAGAGCGGGGAAUGUACAUAAUACAGUGGGGAGCACAGUAUUGAUACACUGCCGAUUUUGCAGGUUUCCUACUUACAAAAGCAUGUAGAGGUCUGGGUAAUUUUAUUCAUAGGUCCACUAUAUCUAUAUAUAUAUAUAGAGAGAGAGGGGGGAAGUAUAUUAUCGCACUAUGUGGUGGGACCAAAAGUAUUUAGUCAGCCACCAAUUGUGCAAGUUCUCCCCACUUAAAAAGAUGAGAGAGGCCUGUAAUUUUCAUCAUAGGUACACGUCAACUAUGACAGACAAAAUGAGAAAAAGAAAUCCAGAAAAUCACAUUGUAGGAUUUUUUAUGAAUUUAUUUGCAAAUGAUGGUGGAAAAUAAGUAUUUGGUCAAUAACAAAAGUUUCUCAAUACUUUGUUAUAUACCGUUUGUUGGCAAUGACACAGGUCAAACGUUUUCUGUAAGUCUUCACAAGGUUUUCACACACUGUUGCUGGUAUUUUUGGCCCAUUCCUCCAUGCAGAUCUCCUCUAGAGCAGUGAUGUUUUGGGGCUGUCGCUGGGCAACACGGACUUUCAACUCCCUCCAAAGAUUUUCUAUGGGGUUGAGAUCUGGAGACUGGCUAGGCCACUCCAGGACCUUGAAAUGCUUCUUACGAAGCCACUCCUUCGUUGCCAGGGCGGUGUGUUUGGGAUCAUUGUCAUGCUGAAAGACCCAGCCAGGUUUCAUCUUCAAUGCCCUUGCUGAUGGAAGGAGGUUUUCACUCAAAAUCUCACGAUACAUUGCCCCAUUCAUUCUUUCCUUUACACGGAUCAGUCAUCCUGGUCCCUUUGCAGAAAAACAGCCCCAAAGCAUGAUGUUUCCACCCCCAUGCUUCACAGUAGGUAUGGUGUUCUUUGGAUGCAACUCAGCAUUCUUUGUCCUCCAAACACGACGAGUUGAGUUUUUACCAAAAAGUUCUAUUUUGGUUUCAUCGGACAAUAUGACAUUCUCCCAAUCCUCUUCUGGAUCAUCCAAAUGCACUCUAGCAAACUUCAGACGGGCCUGGACAUGUACUGGCUUAAGCAUGGGGACACGUCUGGCACUGCAGGAUUUGCGUCUCUGGCGGCGUAGUGUGUUACUGAUGGUAGGCUUUGUUACUUUGGUCCCAGCUCUCUGCAGGUCAUUCACUAGGUCCCCCCGUGUGGUUCUGGGAUUUUUGCUCACCGUUCUUGUGAUCAUUUUGACCCCACGGGGUGAGAUCUUGCGUGGAGCCCCAGAUCGAGGGAAAUUAUCAGUGGUCUUGUAUGUCUUCCAUUUCCUAAUAAUUGCUCCCACAGUUGAUUUCUUCAAACCAAGCUGCUUACCUACCGCAGAUUCAGUCUUCCCAGCCUGGUGCAGGUCUACAAUUUUGUUUCUGGUGGCCUUUGACAGCUCUUUGGUCUUGGCCAUAGUGGAGUUUGGAGUGUGACUGUUUGAGGUUGUGGACAGGUGUCUUUUAUACUGAUAACAAGUUCAAACAGGUGCCAUUAAUACAGGUAACGAGUGGAGGACAGAGGAGCCUCUUAAAGAAGAAGUUACAGGUCUGUGAGAGCCAGAAAUCUUGCUUGUUUGUAGGUGACCAAAUACUUAUUUUCCACCAUAAUUUGCAAAUAAAUUCAUUAAAAAUCCUACAAUGUGAUUUUCUGGAUUUUUUUCCAUCAAUUUGUCUGUCAUAGUUGACGUGUAGCUAUGAUGAAAAUUACAGGCCUCUCAUCUUUUUAAGUGGGAGAACUUGCACAAUUGGUGGCUGACUAAAUACUUUUUUCCCCCACUGUAUAUAUAUAUAGAGAGAGAGAGGAAUAUAUAUAUAUAUAUAUAUAUAUAUAUAUAUAUAUAUAUAUAUAUAUAUAUAUAGAGAGAGAGAGAGAGAGAGAGAUAGGGAGAGGGAGAGCGGAAUAGAGAGAGGGAGAGAGGAAUAGAGAGAGAGAGAGAGAGAGAGAAUUUCUAUUCUAUUUCACUUGCUUUGGCAAUGUAAACAUAUGUUUCCCAUAGAGAGAGAGAGAGGACGGAAAGAAGAGAGAGAGGGAAGGAGAGAGAUGUGGGAGAUUUACUAUCAUGGAUUUCCUGAUUGAUGACAGCUUGAUUUCCUAAUGGACUAGCCUUCUGGUGUAUGGUACACAUUGACCUGGCCAUGUAUACUGUAGAUUAGUCAUCAAUACUUAGACUGAGUGAUUGACCAGUGAUUGAUCAGUGUGUUAACCCAUUGGUUGCUGGCCAAGGAGACUUAUUGACUAGAGUAGUUAUCAUGAACCACAAAGGAAAUACUAUUAACUCCUCUGCCUUGAUUGUUUUUACAAUCCUUCAUGGUGUAGAAUAAAUGUACUGUUUUAAUCAGGAUUUAAUCAGGUUAGCUUUACGUUAUAUUUUUAAAUAAUCAAUAUAAAACAUAUGUUGUUGAUCAAUACUGUAAUCAUUGAUAUCUUGCAUACUUUGAAAGGUCCAUACACCCUAUAGUGAUGCCUAAUGCUAACAACCUAUUGAUUGCUGUGCAGGCUCCAGGAGAAGGCAGCAGACACCAUCGAGUCUCUCCACAAGGCUGGGAUGAAGGUGUGGGUCCUGACGGGGGACAAGAUGGAGACGGCGGCUGCUACGUGUUAUGCUAGCAAGCUAUUCCGCCGCUCCACUCAAAUAUUGGAGCUGACCAAGAAACGAACUAAGGAACAGAGUCUACAUGACGUUCUGUUUGACCUGAGCAGAACCGUACUUAGACAACGCUCCCUGUCAGGGUAUGCUACACACACACAACCCAAUGUAUUUGUGUUCCUAUGUUUCACGUGCACGUGUGUGUGCGCGCACACAGCAUGUAUAUGUACAGUAUGCGUGUAUCUCUGUGUGUUAACAUCUGUAUAUCUGUGUGUUUUUCCCCAGGCUAUCUGUAGACUGUCACGACUAUGGUCUGAUCAUCGACGGGGCCACCCUGUCUGAGGUGCUGAAGCCCAGUCCAGAAAGCUCUGGCUCGGGGAACUACAGAGAGAUCUUCCUGGAGAUCUGUAGGAACUGCAGCGCCGUUCUCUGCUGCCGCAUGGCGCCCCUACAGAAAGCACAGGUGGGUGUGAUGUCACUUCCUGUCUCACAUGGGAAUCCAGAGAGAGAUUAUGUGUAGGUAGGUAGGUAGGUAGGUGUGUAGGUAGGUAAUCAAUCAAUCAAUCAAUCAGUGUUUAAUGAGUGGUGGUAUGACUUGUCUGUCUAGAUUGUGAAGCUAAUCAAGGCGUCUAAGGAGCACCCCAUCACUCUGGCCAUCGGAGACGGAGCCAACGACGUCAGCAUGAUCCUCGAGGCACACGUGGGCAUAGGUAAACUCAUCUCUACACUGAUUGGCAAGCCCAUGUGUUUGUACUCUGAUUGGUGGGAACCAUCAGCUAGCACUCAUCUCUCUUCUUUGAUUGGUAGGAGGCUUUGGCUCCAAGGAAUCUCAUUGGUGUAUGUUUGUUUUCUAUCAAUUAAUCCAUCAAUCAACCAAUCCCUCCCUCUCUCCUAAGGCAUCAUGGGUAAGGAGGGUCGCCAGGCAGCGAGGAACAGUGACUACGCCAUCCCAAAGUUCAAACACCUGAAGAAGAUGCUGCUGGUUCACGGCCACUUCUACUACAUCCGCAUCGCUGAGCUGGUGCAGUACUUCUUCUAUAAGGUGGGCUUUACUACUGACACUGGCCAUUUACUGGGAUCACAUUUCAAUUCUUUAGUAUUGAAUUACACAACUUGGGGCUCAACACCACCUCAGUCUGGUAGCUGGCCCAGAACAGCACAAAUCUCCAGGCGCUACACUGCAAGUAGCUGAGUCAUUAUAGAAUGAGGAACAACAUUUAGUCCUCACUUUCUCACUUUGCUUCUCCUCCUUUCUCUCUCUCUCCAGAAUGUGUGCUUCAUCUUCCCUCAGUUCCUAUAUCAGUUCUUCUGUGGAUUCUCUCAGCAGGUUGGUGCUCAAAAUCAUGGUUGCCUGUUUGGUCGUGUAGUCUGUGUAUUUCUGACUGGGUUCUGUGUGUCCCCGUGCAGCCCCUGUACGACACGGCCUACCUGACGCUGUACAACAUCAGCUUCACCUCCCUGCCCAUCCUCCUCUACAGCCUAAUAGAGAAACACGUCAGCAUAGAGACGCUGAAGAGAGACCCCACUCUGUACAGGUCAGAGGAACAUCCCACCAAAAUGGACACUUUUUUGAAAGACAAUGUAAUUCCUACACAGAGAAAAAAACGUGUUUUUGUUUUGUUUAACAUUUUUCCUUCACUCUCACUUGCCACCAUCUCUCUCUCUCUCUCCCCUCUCUCUCUCGGUUGGAUGCGCGCGCAUCGCUCAGAGCCCUCUAGACCAAUACACGCUCGCUAGCGCCAAGCGCGAGCUCGCGAUCCUGAGAGAGCAGAUCUAAAGCGUAGAGCGAUACACGCCUAUCACCAAUCUCCUAUCUCUACGUCCUCUCAUCCCACUCUCUAUCUCCCCCCCCUCACUCUCUCCUCUCUCUCGUCUCUUCCCCUACUCUGCAUUAUCCCCCUUCUAUCUCCCCCCUAUCUCACUCUCCCCUUCUCUUCUCUCUUUCCCUACUACUCUCUCUCACUCUCUCUACCCCUCCUCUCUCUCCCUCUCCCAGGGACGUAGCUAAGAACUCUCUCCUGCGCUGGCCCGUGUUCCUGUACUGGACGUGCCUGGGCUUAUUUGACGCCUGUAUCUUCUUUUUUGGUGCCUACUUCCUGUUCGACAACACCACCUUCACUAGCAAUGGACAGGUGAGCCCCGGCAACCGCCUCCACGGCAACCGGGGCAGAGCUCCGUUGUCAAGGACCAGUUGACAAGUUGCCCCUAACUACAGAUCUAGGAUCAGAUGACCCAACCCCAAGUCAUAAGCAUUGACCAUUAGCUGGAUUAAACAAUACCCCGUUUGGCUCUGGUCAGAAGUGGUGAACUAUGUAGGUAAAAGGGUGCCAUUUGAGAGUCACCAUAGUGAUGGUUUAUAGAACAUCCAUCCAUCUCCAUGUGAUUGUCACAUAACACAAGAGUAAGACAAUGUGGUCAGGUUCUGGUUAUCUAUGGGUAGGUUAUGGUCAGGUUGUGGUUCAGUUGUGUUCAGGGUCUCAGUGGUCCUCUUUAGCUUGACAACCGUCAGGAUUCCAUUCAUAUGGACAACGCUAUAGCAUCUUUCUCUGUACUGUUGAUUUAUGUCAUAUUAACUGUUGUCUUUGGUCCUGUUUUUUCUCUUUAAGUUGAAACAUCAUGUCUGAUUAUUUUAUCUCUUCUUCCUCCUCUCUGCUUCUUCUUCUCUCUUCAUUUUUAUUUUCUUCCUGUUCCUCAGCUUAUGACCACCAACACACAGAUGGUAAGCCUGUCUCUCCCUCUCUCCCUCUCUUCCUCUCUUCCUCUCUCCCUCUCUCCCUCUCUCCCUCUCUUCCUCUCUCCCUCUCUCCCUUUCUUCCUCUAUUCCUCUAUUCCCGCUCUUCCUCUCUUCCUCUCUCCCGCUCUUCCUCUCUCCCUCUCUUCUCUCCCUCUAUCCUCUCUUCCUCUAUCACUCUCUGCCUCUCUCACUCCUCCUCUCGUCCUCUCUUCCUCUCUUUCCUCUCUCACUUCUCGUCCUUCUCUCCUCUAUCUCUCUCUCCCUCUCGGCCUCUCUUCUCUCUCCCUCUCUCCCUAUCUCACUCUCCCACUCUUCCUCUCUCCCUCUCUCCCUGUCUCUCUGUCGAUCAUGUGCUUUUAACUUCGGUUAGUUUUUAGUUUAGCUUUGAGUUUGACCGUUUCAUCCCUAAACAUCGAUCCAUCCAUCCCCACUCCGCCGUGUAGUUAGGUUCCACAUCUAGGGCCUCUCUACCCAGCCCAACACCUGACCUCACCAGCUCCACUCUACUAAUAUAGAUACACUAGUCUCUCCCCCACAUUAUCCUUAUGUGUUGUCCUGGUAGUAGACUUAAAAUAACCUGUGUGUGUGUGUGUGUGUGUGUGUGUGUGUGUGUGUGUGUGUGUGUGUGUGUGUGUGUGUGUGUGUGUGUGUGUGUGUGUGCAGUAGUAGUACAUAGACAAUGCAUUUUGUCAAGAAAGUGGUCUCUGCUGUUUUAGUAAUAUGGAUUCAUUCUAGCUGCACUGUCUUGGAGGGUGAGCUCUCACCCUAACUAUGUAUGUUUCUUCUGGAGCCACCCAUAUGUAAAAUGUAUGCACGUAUGACUGUAAGUCUCUUUGGAUAAAACGUCUGCUAAGCAGCAUAUAUUAUUAUUAUAUUAUGUUCAUGUUAUCUAGUAUUUGUAGAGAGAUGUAUUUCUGGUAUAGAGAGAUGUAUUUAUAGUAUAGAGAGAUGUAUUUCUAGUAUAGAGAGAUGUAUUUAUAGUAUAGAGAGAUGUAUUUAUAGUAUAGAGAGAUGUAUUUCUUGUAUAGAGAGAUGUAUUUAUAGUAUAGAGAGAUGUAUUUCUAGUAUAGAGAGAUGUAUUUCUAGUUGACAUGCUCCUGUGUUGAUUAAGCCAGGGUGUGAAUUGAGAGAGAGCUGAUGUUGGAGGAGGAGGGGGUUAGUCAGGGAUGAGAACAUGGGGGUUCCAACACCCCUCCACUAUGCUAAUGAAACACGUUUCUCCUUCUCUCCAUCUCUCACUCUACCUCUCCCUCCAUAUCUCUUCCUCUGUCACUCUACCUCUCCCUCCAUAUCUCUUCCUCUGUCACUCUACCUCUCCCUCCAUCUCUCACUCUACCUCUCCCUACAUCUCUCUUCCUCUUUCACUCUACCUCUACCUCUCCUCUCUCCUCUCUCCCUGUCUCUACCUCUCCUCUCUCCCUGUCUCUACCUCUCCUCUCUCCCUGUCUCUACCUCUCCUCUCUCCUCUCUCCCUGUCUCUACCUCUCCUCUCUCCCUGUCUCUACCUCUCCUCUCUCCUCUCUCCCUGUCUCUACUUCUCCUCUCUCCCUGUCUCUUGCUCUCCUCUCUCCCUGUCUCUUGCUCUCCUCUCUCCUCUCUCCCUGUCUCUACUUCUCCUCUCUCCCUGUCUCUACCUCUCCUCUCUCCCUUCUCUACCUCUCUCUCCUUUCUCUACCUGUCCUCUCUCCCUUUCUCUACCUCUCUCUCUCUUCCCUGUCUCUACCUCUUCCUCUCUCCCUGUUCUCUAACCUCUACCUCUCUCCCUUCCUCUACCUCUCCUUCCUCUCUCUCUCUCCCUGUCUUACCUCUCCUCUCUCCCUGUCUCUACCUCUCCUCUCUCCCUGUCUCUACCUCUCCCCUCUCCUCUCUCCUCUCUCCCUGUCUCUACCUCUCCUCUCUCCCUGUCUCUUGCUCUCCUCUCUCCCUGUCUAUACCUCUCCUCUCUCCUUUCUCACUGUCUCUUUCUCCUCCUCUCUCCCUGUCUCUUUCUCCUCUCUCCUUUCUCCCUGUCUCUUUCUCCUCUCCUCUCUCCCUGUCUCUUUCUCCUCUCUCCUCUCUCCCUGUAUCUACCUCUCCUCUCUCCUCUCUCCCUGUCUCUUUCUCCUCCUGCUCCAUCUGUUCCUUCCUGAUGUCAGCUUUGACAGUCAUCUGUGAGUAGAAAGAACACAUCCUCAAAGAGCACGAGAUCCAUCUUUGUAUCAGAGAGAGAAAGAGCGGGAGAUUUCUAAGGAAAAAAUGCAGAGUUGAUUUGUUCUAGUUUUUUGCGCUAUAUUUCUAUAUUUCUAUAUUUGGCAUCCUGCUUUUGCUCUCAAGUUUAAAGGUUAUUUACCAUAUUUUGCAUAAAAUGAGACCUACAUGAAUGGGAUGCCAUACAACAGUAAAAGACAAGGUGAAAUACAGGUGAAAUGGACGUAGCUUGUUGCAGCAUCAAACACUAUAGGGUUUAGGAUUGCAAUCAGUGAUGUAGUGGUAAAAGCUGAUCGCCGUUCAUGGUAAGUAAAGUAAAGCUCCCUAUACUUAAAUGCAUUUAGCCGCAAAAGGUGAAUAAACACUCGCGCAAAAUAAAAAAGGUGUGUGAACGGCAUUUACGUGCGUUUAGCCUCAACUACACUACAGGUUUUAAUAAAGUAGUUAUAGUUGUUACUCUGUGCUCAUAUAGGUGUGAAUAGUUUCAACUGAUAUUUAAAGAAGUCAAUGGUUUCAACAGAUGAUCAACGACGAUGGAAAACAGAUCUUUAUCUCAGUGGGAUUAUGUGUAUAUAUAAAGGAUGGGUGAAAGUCAGUGUGUGCAUGAUGAGAUGUGGCUGACUUCCUCCUCUCUUUCUCUGUUCUCCUCUAGAUGUUUGGGAACUGGACUUUCGGGACUCUCGUCUUUACUGUGCUGGUGUUCACGGUCACGUUUAAGGUGGGUUAGUGUGUGUGUGUGUGUGUGUGUGUGUGUGUUUACACGGUGUGAAGGAGAAAGAGUCUGAGUGAAUCUGAUAAUAGCUGAAUUAAUAAUCCCUUUGCACGUAUAUAUGUCUGUGUGAGAUAAUUGAUUGACUAGACGUUCUCAUCAGUCAUUAGAGCUGUAAGCCCUGGAGGCGUAACUAUUGACUGAUUGAUUGAUAACGUAUGUGUGUGUGUAUAUCCUGUGUGUUGCAGCUUGCCUUGGACACACACCACUGGACCUGGAUCAACCAUUUUGUCAUCUGGGGCUCUCUGCUUUUCUAUGUCAUCUUCUCACUGCUCUGGGGAGGCAUCAUAUGGUAGGCCUCUCAUUUUUACAACUGACUGGUUCUUACUCUGUACACUAUUACUUUCACUUAAACAUAGAUAUAGAAUAACUAGAUCCUCUCCUCUCCCUUCAGGCCCUUCCUGAACUACCAGAGAAUGUACUAUGUGUUCAUGCAGAUGUUGUCCAGCGGUCCGGCUUGGCUCAGCAUCAUCCUGCUCAUCACGGUCAGCCUGCUGCCUGACGUGGUCAAGAAGGUCCUCUGCAGAACCCUGUGGCCUACCGCCACCGAACGCGCACAGGUAGGACCACAACUUGACCACAGCUCAGGAAAUACAACCGCACCAGUGAAUUGAAGAGUUAUUCGAUUGCUGCCCUCAAUAUGUACAGUAGAUACGUAUGUAGGCCUACCUGUACAAUCACAUCAAAAAUACCUUAUCCACUCACUAUGACCAAAAGUAUCCAGGUAUAGAUGCCUCUCACAUACCAGACGACUCAGUACUAAAACUCCUUAAACACGUGUCAAUCUCAAGGUUGGAUCCGGCCUGCGAGCCCAUUCAAUCCAGCCCGCGGGUGGAUUGAGUAAAAAAUAUAUAUAUACAGUACCAGUCAAAAGUUUGGACACACCUACUCAUUCAAGGGUUUUUCUUUAUUUUUACUAUUUUUUACAUUGUAGAAUAAUAGUGAAGACAUCAAAACUAUGAAAUAACACAUAUGGAAUCAUGUAGUAACCAAGUGUUAAACAAAUCAAAAUAUAUUUGAGAUUUGAGAUUCUUCAAAUAGCCACCAUUUGCCUUGAUGACAGCUUUGCACACUCUUGACAUUCUCUCAACCAGCUUCACCUGGAAUGUUUUUCCAACAGUCUUGAAGUAGUUCCCACAUAUGCUGAGCACUUGUUGGCUGCUUUUCCUUCACUCUGCCGUCCGACUCAUCCCAUUUCAUCUCAAUUGGGUUGAGGUCGGGUGAUUGUGGAGGCCAGGUCAUCUGAUGCAGCACUCCAUCACUCUCCUUCUUGGUCAAAUAGCCCUUACGCAAACCAGAUGGGAUGGCAUAUCGCUGCAGAAUGCUGUGGUAGCCAUGCUGAUUAAAUGUGCCUUGAAUUCUAAAUAAAUCACCAACAGUGUCACCAGCAAAGCACCAUCACACCCCCUCCUCCAUGCUUCACACAUGCAGAGAUCAUCCGUUCACCUACUCUGCGUCUCACAAAGACACAGUGGUUGUAACCAAAAAUCUCAAAUUUGGACUCAUCAGACCAAAGGACAGAUUUCCACCGGUCUAAUAUCCAUUGCUUGUGUUUCUUAGCCCAAGCAAGUCUCUUAUUUUUAUUGGUGUCCUUUAGUAGUCUCCUCCGAACAGUUGAUGUUGAGAUGUGUCUGUUACUUAAAAUCUGUGAAGCAAUUAUUUGGGCUGCAAUCUGAGGUGCAGUUAACUCUAAUGAACUUAUCCUCUGCAGCAGAGGUAACUGGUUUUUGCGACUGCACUUGAAGAAACCUUCAAAGUUCUUGAAAUUUUCCGGUUUGACUGACCUUCAUGUCUUAAAGUAUUGAUGGACUGUCGGUUAUCUUUGCUUAUUUGAGCUGUUCUUGCCAUAAUAUGGACUUGGUCUUUUACCAAAUAGGGCUAUCUUCUGUAUACCACCCCUACCUUGUCACAACAACCCUGAUUGGCUCAAGGAAAGAAAUUCCACAAAUUAACCUUUAACAAGGCAUACCUGUUAAUUGGAAUAUCCAAGAUGGCGUAGUAGUGCAGUUCUGUUUUUGUCGUGUGUCUGUAAAUAGCCUGUAAAUACCCUGUUUUUUUGUAUUUUUCGUACAUAUUUCCCUAUCAGACUUUUCAUCCUUCUACAAAAUAUACUUUCCUGCAACCCGCCUCACUUAAUGUGGAAUGGAUUCUAUCAUUGACUUACCUUUUAUCUAGAAUCUCCAGUUGAAACUAACUAGCCAGCUAACUAGCUACGUGCUAUUAGCCACAGUUAGCGGUAUUUCACCCAGAACAUUGCCGGAAUAAUUUAAUCACUGGACAUUAAUCACCGGAUCGCAACUAGCUAGCCGCAACCGAAUGGAUGUUGCUGUUUGGCUAAUCACCACUGCCCCUGAUGCAAGCACCAGUUAGCCUCGAGCUAGCCUAGAGCCAGGCCCAUAUCCCGGCUAUCUACCUCUCGGUCUACCGGACAGGAGUAGCCAGCUAACUAGCUACUUGCUAUUAGCUACCGUUAGCGGUUUUUCACCAUUGUCUGUGGCCUGCACCACCUACCAGCCAGCUCUAGCCUGGACUAUUAUUCGGCCAGUCUGCACUGUCUGCACAGCGCGUUAUCGACCCAGAACAUAUCAGUUUUUCUGCCGGAAUCACUGAAUCACUGGACCUUUAACUCCGGAUUCAUCGCUACCAGCUAGCUGCAACAAAAUGGACGUUGUCGUUUGGCUAAUCAUCCUGAGCUAGGCCCAUCUCCCGGCUAUCUACCUCUCUGUCAACCGGACGGAACCACCUUGUGUUGACACGGAGCCCCGCCGAUCCUACACGACUGGUCUGCCGACGAAAUCGUCUGAUGUGGUUACAACAGGCUUCCUGUUACGACGUCGACCACGAAGAUUCCAUCUGCUAGCCCCGGCCUGCUAGCACACGCUAGCCAUGGCCUCUUGCUCGCUAGUGCUUUAGCAGCCCCCGAACUACCUCUGAACUAUCUUAUUGCUGUUCACCGGACCUUAUGAUAACUCAGCUAUACAGCUGAUGCCUGCUGGACUGUUCCUUUUUACGGUACCGCAUCCUGUUUAUGUUUAGCCUCAGCCCAAACUGUGUCGUCAUUACCAGCUGUUGUCUUAGCUCUCUCAAAUUAUACCUGUGAUUGCUUUAUGCCUCUCUCCCAUGUCAAUAUGGUUUGCUUAUUGCUGUUUCGGUUAUUUCUAAUUGUACUAUUUCACUGUAGAUCCCCCAGUACAGCUAAACCUGCCUUAGAUAGCUCCUUUGUCCCACCCCCCAUACACGCGGAGACCGACUCAAUCGGUGCCUCCAGUGAUGCUAUCUCUUUCAUUGUUACCCAACGCUUAGGUUUACCUCCACUUUACUCAUAUCCUUCCAUAUCCUUGUCUGUACAUAAUGCCCUGAAUCUUUUCUACAACGCCCGGAAAUCUGCCCCCUUUAUUCUCUGUAUCCAACGCACUAGAAGAUCAGUUCUUAAAGCCUUUAGCCGUAUCCUUAUUCUAGUCCUCCUCUGUUCCUCUGGUGAUGUAGAGGCUAACCCAGGCCCUGCAGCCCCCAGUAUCACUCCUACUCCCCAGGCGCUAUCAUUUGCUGACUUCUGUAAUCGCAAAAGCCUAGGUUUCUUGCAAGUUAAUAUCAGAAGUCUACUUCCUAAGUUUGAGUUAUUCACUGCGCUAGCACACUCCGCCAACCCUGAUGUUCUAGCAGUGUCUGAAUCCUGGCUUAGGAAGGCCACCAAAAAUUCUGAAAUUUCCAUCCCCAACUAUAACAUUUUCCGUCUAGAUAGAACUGCCAAAGGGGGUGGAGUUCCAAUCUACUGUAGAGAUAGCCUGCAGAGCUCUAUCAUACUAUCCAGGUCUGUGCCCAAACAGUUUGAGCUUCUACUUCUAAAAAUCCACCUUUCCAGAAAUAAGUCUCUCACUGUUGCCGCUUGCUACAGACCCCCCUCAGCCCCCAGCUGUGCCCUGGACACCAUAUGUGAAUUGAUUGCCCCCCAUUUAUCCUCAGAGUUCGUACUGCUUGGUGACCUAAAUUGGGAUAUGCUUAACACCCCCGGCCAUCCUACAAUCCAAACUAGAUGCCCUCAAUCUCACACAAAUUAUCAACGAACCUACCAGGUACAACCCUAAAUCCGUAAACAUGGGUACCCUCAUAGAUAUCAUCCUGACUAACUUACCCUCUAAAUACACCUCCGCUGUCUUCAACCAGGAUCUCAGCGAACACUGCCUUAUUGCCUGCGUCCGUAACGGGUCCACGGUCAAACGACCACCCCUCAUCACUGUCAAACGCUCCCUAAAACACUUUAGCGAGCAGGCCUUCCUAAUUGACCUGGCCCAGGUAUCCUGGAUGGAUAUAGAUCUCAUUCCGUCAGUAGAGGAUGCCUGGUUGUUCUUUAAAAGUAAUUUCCUCUCAAUCUUAAAUAAACAUGCCCCAUUCAAAAAAUACAGAACUAAGAACAGAUAUAGCCCCUGGCUCUCCUCAGACUUGACUGCCCUUGACCAGCACAAAAAAAUCCUGUGGCGUACUGCAUUAGCAUCAAAUAGCCCCCGCGAUAUGCAACUUUUCAGGGAAGUUAGGAACCAAUAUACACAAGCAGUCAGGAAAGCAAACGCUAACUUUUUCAAACAGAAAUUUGCAUCCUGUAGCACUAACUCCAAAAAGUUUUGGGACACUGUAAAGUCCAUGGAGAAUAAGAGCACUUCCUCCCAGCUGCCCACUGCACUGAGGCUAGGAAAUACUAUCACCACCGAUAAAUCUACAAUAAUCGAGAAUUUCAACAAGCAUUUUGCUACGGCUGGCCAUGCUUUCCACCUGGCUACCACUACCCCGGCCACCAGCUCUGCACCCUCCGCUGCAACUUUCCCAUGUCCGUCCCCCCCCCCCCCCCCCCCCCCCCCCCCGGUUCCGAGCUGGUCAUGGGUGUACCUCAGCCACGCUCAAGGUCCUAAACGAUAUAAUAACCGCGAUCGAUAAAAGACUUCUUCAUUGACCGUCUUCAUUGACCUGGCCAAGGCUUUUGACUCUGUCAAUCACCGCAUUCUUAUUGGCAGACUAAAUAGCCUUGGUUUCUCAAAUGACUGCCUCGCCUGGUUCACCAACUACUUCUCAGAUAGAGUUCAAUGUGUGAAAUCGGAGGGCCUGUUGUCUGGACCUCUGGCAGUCUCUAUGGGGGUGCCACAGGGUUCAAUACUCGGGCCGACUCUAUUCUCUGUUUAUAUCAAUGAUGUCGCUCUUGCUGCUGGUGACUCUCAGAUCCACCUCUACGCAGACGACACCAUUUUGUAUACAUCUGGCCCUUCAUUGGACACUGUGUUAACAAACCUCCAAACAGGUCUGACCUAGAGUAUGUGGACAACUACAAAUACCUAGGUGUCUGGUUAGACUGUAAACUCUCCUUCCAGUAUCACAUUAAGCAUCUCCAAUCCAGAGUUAAAUCUAGAAUCGGCUUCCUAUUUCGCAACAAAGCCUCCUUCACUCAUGCUGCCAAACAUGCCCUCGUAAAACUGACUAUCCUACCGAUCCUUGACUUCGGCAAUGUCAUUUACAAAAUAGCCUCCAACACUCUACUCAGCAAAUUGGAUGUAGUCUAUCACAGUGCCAUCCGUUUUGUCUCCAAAGCCCCAUACACUACCCACCACUGUGACCUGUACGCUAUUGUUGGCUGGUCCUCACUACAUGUUCGUCGUCAAACCCACUGGCUCCAGGCCAUCUAUAAAUUACUGCUAGGCAAAUCCCCGCCUUAUCUUAGCUCAUUGGUCACCAUAGCAGCACCCACCUGUAGUCUGUGCUCCAGCAGGUAUAUCUCACUAGUCAUCCCCAAAGCCAACACCUCCUUUGGGCGCCAUUCCUUCCAGUUCUCUGCUGCCAAUGACUGGAACGAAUUGCAAAAAUCUCUGAAGCUGGAGACUCUUAUCUCCCUCACUAACUUUAAGCAUCAGUUGUCAGAGCACCUUACCGAUCACUGUACCUGUACACAGCCCAUCUGAAAUUAGCCCACCCAACUACCUCAUCCCUAUAUUGUUAUUUAUUUUGCUCUUCUGCACCCCAGUAUCUCUAUUUGCACAUAAUCUCUUGCACAUCUAGCAUUCCAGUGUUAAUACUAAUUGUAAUUAUUUUGCACUAUAGCCUAUUUAUUGCCUUACCUCCGUAACUUGCUACAUUUGCACACACUGUAUAUAUAUUUUCUGUUGUAUUUUUUUGACUAUGUUUUUUUACCCCAUAUGUAACUCUGUGUUGUUGUUUUUAUCGCACUGCUUUGCUUUAUCUUGGCCAGGUCGCAGUUGUAAAUGAGAACUUGUUCUCAACUGGCUUACCUGGUUAAAUAAAGGUUAGAAAAAAAAGGGGGGGCUACUUUGAAGAAUCUCAAAUAAAAAAUAUAUUUUGAUUUGUUUUAAAAAAAAUUGGUUACUACAUGAUUCCAUUUGUGUGAUUUCAUAGUUUUGAUGUCUUCACUAUUAUUCUACAAUGUAGAAAAUAGUAAAAAAUAAAGAAAAACCCUGGAAUGAGUAGGUGUGUCCAAACUUUUGACUGGUACUGUAUAUAUAUAUAUAUAUAUAUUUAUCGACUUUGAAAUGACUAAAACCAAAUCAAAUUGUGACGCAGAGGAAAUAUAUUCAAAUUUAAGGGUGGCCCUCCUGUCUGGUGAAGACUAGAUGCAGGCCGCAGGGAAAUUUGUUUGACACCCAUGUCCUAAAAGCUUGACCCUGUGUUAACCCACACUGUAAAAACACCUUUCCCCACCUUUCACCUGAUAUUACUACUUCCUGUCACUGCUUAGCUGCACUUCCUGCUUCAUGUGAUUUCCAAAUAGACCAUUACCCAGCCCUUGGCACUCCUGUAGAUCUGACACAAUUGCAUAGGCGUGAGCAACACCUGUGAAGAUUACACCCAGCCUAUCAGAAGGGAAGAUGAAGCAAAUAUCAUAUUGCUUAUACCUAUCCAAAGCUUUUUAGAUAUAGCAAAACUGAUCUGUAGCUAAAUCUAACUGAUUUCUUUCUGCUUUCCUCUUCCCUCUUUCUCUGCCUCUGAUUCCUAAUCGAACCCACCACCGUCCCCCUUCUCUCUCUCUCUCUCUCUCUCUCUCUGCUGUCUGUUUCUAUCUCUCUCCUCACCCCACCGCUCCCUCUGUCUCCCUCCUCCACUGCUCCACUCCGCUUCCUGUAACCUCCGCCCUCUGAACCCGUUACCUGGGGCAACGACAGUCCACUUGCCCGUGCCUUACCGUGGAGCCAUCCACCAUCUUCGUGCUCUCUCAGUCCGAUAGCAGAUUGAGUUUCUGAUUGGCCGAGAGAUGGCAGAGGAGGAGGAGGUGACUCUUUUAAACACUUUCUGUGCAUGGUGGCAUGUCCCAAUGUGGAAAUCAUGUCAGUGCACCACUGUCAUUCAGUUACCUCAGUGUUUCAACGUUAACUCCCAACAUUCCAACAUCAAUCAUAAUAGUGUUCCCAUGCAGGGCUCUCUCACUAUCCAGGGGCUCUCUCACCAUCCAGGGCUCUCUCACCAUCCAGGGGCUCUCUCACCAUCCAGGGGCUCUCUCACCAUCCAGGGGCUCUCUCACCAUCCAGGGGCUCUCUCACCAUCCAGGGGCUCUCUCACCAUCCAGGGCUCUCUCACCAUCCAGGGGCUCUCUCACCAUCCAGGGGCUCUCUCACCAUCCAAGGGCUCUCUCACCAUUUACAUUUUAGUCAUUUAGCAGACGCUCUUAUCCAGAGCGACUUACAGGAGCAAUUAGGGUUAAGUGCCUUGCUCAAGGGCACAUCGACAGAUUUUUCACCUAGUUGGUUCAGGGAUUCAAACCAGCGACCUUUCGGUUACUGGCCAAACGCUCUUAACCAUUAGGCUACCUGCUGCCAUCCAGGGCUCUCUCACCAUCCAGGGCUUCCAUUUCCAUUUCAAACAAUUCAACUCAAUUACCAGACAAGAUUAUCAUUCAUACUGUUAUAUAUGCUAGUGCUGACCAUGCUACAGCUGAUAACAAGUUGUACUCAGUGAUUUGUUGCCUUCUGUUAGCAUCCUGCUAGCCUUACAAUCUCACCCAGUACCAUAUUCAGCAUAUCUUCUCUUCAUGUUCCCCUAUGGAUGCUGUUCAAAUGUAUGCACUGUAUCUACUGUAUAUUGAUGUGUAAAAUGUACAUGAAAGUGUUAUUCCAUCCAAAUGCUAACUUGCUAGCAUGUGUAUGUAUGUUAUGUUUUCUACUCUGCAGUAAUCCUCAGUGAAAACAGAAAGAUUAUUGCGAGCAGCAGGACACUGGGAAGUUGAAGGGCUAUCAUUACAUGCCACAUACAAGACAGUUUGUUACAGUGCAAGGGUUCACCGCAUGGCUUCUAUUCAGUACCUCCUCCUGGUUACUGACCCCUCCUCACCCUUACUGUUUGCCCACAGAGGGUGAAGGCUGAUGGGGUGUGUGAGGGGAGUGUAUCCUCGGUACCCGGGCCCAGUCCCCAGUCCUGUUGAUGGAGGUGGAGGUGGAGGCAGUGAGAGAGACAUGCUUUGCCCUGCUAGGACCUGUGAGGGGGACAGAAGAGGUGGAGGGGUGCAAGCUGCCAGGACCUAUGACUCCAUGAUGUCACACAACCCUAACUACCUGCUCAGCCAGCCCCUAGACCACGCCCCCUCAGAGAACUAG